UAAAUAAAUUUUUGUAAAUUAAUAUCUUUAUAAAUUAAUAAAAUUUGAAAAUUUCAACAUUAUUAAUUUAUAGAGGUUUUACCGUAGUUACAUUAUUAUUAACUGCAUAAAACACCACCAAUAUUCGUUACCAAACACCACCAGUACAGUAUAUUUUCGACUAUCCAUAUAUCAUUGUAUUCUUCUUCUUCUUUUUUUUGUGCACACAUUGGAUUGUAUUCUUCUUUUAAAUUCCGUUUUAUUUAACAACAAUGGAGUCUCCUUUAUGAGUUAAACAGAGAAGCUAAUUAAGGAAUAUAUUUAAAUGAAGUUGAAAACGUGUCAGUUAAACUCGGCUAAAGUAAGAACACUUUCCAAUACCACCAGUCUAUAAAUUCCCAAGAACCUGUGGAUUCACUUUCACUUCUCAAAGCACUAAAAGCCUCUCUCUCUCUUUUCUCUUUCUCUCUACACAGUUAUGCAUGCAUAGCUCUUACAAACACAAAAUAUAGAACUCAUAAAUAGGAUUUGAUAGGAAAUUGAUAGGUUAUAAUGGAAAAUUCAAUGAAGAAUAAGAGCUUCAAAGAAAGUGAAGAAGCAAAGCUCAGAAGAGGGCCUUGGACUCUUGAAGAAGACACACUUCUCACCACUUACAUUCUCCAUAACGGUGAAGGACGUUGGAAUCUCGCUGCCAAAUGUGCUGGGCUGAAGAGAACCGGUAAAAGUUGUAGAUUGAGAUGGUUGAAUUACUUGAAACCUGACAUCAGACGAGGGAAUCUAACUCCCCAAGAACAGCUGUUGAUCCUCGAGCUCCACUCUAAAUGGGGUAAUAGGUGGUCCAAGAUUGCACAGUACUUGCCAGGAAGAACGGACAACGAGAUCAAGAAUUAUUGGAGAACGAGAGUUCAGAAGCAAGCUCGACAGCUCAACAUCGAAUCUAAUAGCGACAAGUUCUUUGACGCUGUUCGUAGUUUCUGGGUCCCUAGAUUGAUCGAGAAGAUGGAGCAGAACUCAUCCACUACUUAUGCUUGUCCCCAAAACAACAACAACAACAACAAUAACAAUAGUUCUCUUCUGCCUCCUUCUCAAACAUUCGAGUCCAUGAGUACACAAACAUAUCAAGAUUUGUCGGGUCUGAGCAACAUGGAUGGUUCUUCUUCGAGCUCUGCUUUCAUGCCUGAUCUCAUGACAGUUCCACACUUUAUGGAUCCCAACACCAUCAUCGAUGGUUCGAUGUGUUACCAUGAAGACAAUGCUCAAGAGCUCAGCGGGUAUAUUCUUGGGACGGAGGAAUACUAUUACAUGGAAAAUUCAGACAUAUCAACAGAAUGCCAGGUGGCCGAAGCGUACGAGAAUGUCACACAAGAUCCCAUGUGGAAUAUGGAUGACAUUUGGCAGUUUAGGGAGUGAUUAAGUCGGUCAAAAGAUGCUUAGGGUGGAGCCCACACUACCAUGGUUUUAUUUCGUAUACUAAAGUAAUAUAUUUUCAUUUUAGUUCAUGAGCAAAUGUUGUUAAACAUAUAUUUAUAAAUGAUUGUUUUUUCUUUUGCUAAAAAUUAUAAAUGAUUGUUUGCUGUGA